GUCUUUGUGUUGGAUCCACAUAACGGCGGGACGCGACUCGUGUUGAAUGACUUUCCCUUUAUCCACACCUAGACGGAGCAACAGAAGUCUCCGAUUUUGUUUGAAGACGCAAUGUCGGCCCCUCUGCAACAAGCGGUUGACUAGUGACCCGACCGGAACCGAGUGAUACAACUGCCCUGACAAACAUCUCUUGAAAAGAAGCUGGCGAAAGACAAGAUGGCAUAUUCUUCCGAGUUCCUCAAGAAGCACCCAACCCACGGGAUUGACUCUCCGCGGAGCUGGGUGGUACUGGCCUUCUGCUGCCUGGUGCUAUUUAUGUCCCAACUGAGCGUCCGGGUAGCAGGAAUCCUCUACUACGGCAUCAUCGAGACCUUCUCUUCGAGUCGACAGGAGGCUUCUUGGCCAAUCACGCUCCUUGUCUCCCUCUUCAAUUUGGCCGGCCCCUUGAUGGGUUUCCUGUGCCGUCGAUUUUCCUGUAGGGCGGUGCUCGUCACGUGCUCUUUUUUCACCGGCCUGUCCAUGGCAGUGUGCUUCCUUGCACCCAACGUGCUCUUCCUCAACAUCUUCCUUGGCGUAAUCCACGGGACCUGCCUAUGUGGUACCUUCGUGGGAGUAAAUGUUAUCCUGGCGCAGCACUUCGACAAACGACGCACAACCGCAUUCAGCCUGCUCUUCACAGUCAGCAGCUCGAGCUUAUUCUUUAUUCCGUACGUCGUGGAAUGCUUCCGAUCUCAUUACGGUUGUCACGGAGCUUUCUUGAUCCUAGGCGGCCUUAUGUUCAACGCCUUUCCCGGUUCGCUGGCCUUGCGAAGUCCUGCUUGGAUAUCGUCGCACGCAUUGCCGCCUCCGAGGGCUGUCGCGAGCGUAGUCGACGGAGCAGCUACAGAACGCAAAAACGUCCAUCAGCCACCCUCUUGCCUUCUUCAAAGUGAGCGAGACAAUUCAAAGGCGGAAAACAAUCAAGAAGCAGAAGACAGACCCCAAAGACACGACUCCGCGGAGCGAGAGCCGCUGAAACUUUCAGUCAACGACGACUACAAAGACCUGGGCGUCGAGACAGGAAUGCCAAACAUUCUGGACAGUUUAAAAAACUUUGCCGCACCUUUAUUUUGGAUGGACGCUCUCUCUUUUUCGACAUCUGUCUUUGGUAUGACGACUUUUCUACUUGUGUUGAUAGACGUCUCAACGGAGCGAGGUGUAACGCCAGCUGAAGCUGUCUACAUUUUUCUCCCCUUCGCCAUCGCUGACGUGCUCACGCGAACACUUAGCGGCAGCGCCAUUGACAGCGGGAUACUUUCAAUGGAUUCAGCUAUGCUGAUUGGCUGCAUCGCGGAAGCUCUAUCCUUCCAGUGCAUGGCAUGGUCUGAAGGCUUCACCGGCCUUAUGAUUGGAUCCUUAUUCGAGGGCGUUAGCAACGGCCUUAGGCUUGCCUUACAAGCUCCGGUUCUCGUGAAAGACUUUGGUGUGGAACACUUGCCGCUUAUGUUUGGCGGGAUGACUUUCAUCAUUGGACUUGUCCUCCUGGCGAGGCCGCCGCUUAUAGGAUAUUACCGGGAUCACCAAGGAAAGUAUGAUGGCUUGUUGCACAUAAUAGCAACUUUUAACAUCAUCUUAUCAAUCGUCUGGCUCGCGAGGAUUAUGUUGGAGAGGUACCGUCGCAACAAGCCCACUGAACGUGCUGUACUUCAUAACAUUCAGAGUAACCAUAAGGACCAUACGAAUGAGAAGUGAGGAGGAAAUGCAUGCGCCAAAGAAAGCAAUAAACUAGUAAAGAAACCC